AUGGAGCCGACGAAACGAACCCAGCCUCAUCCUGUUGUCAAGGAAGCUUUCACAAAAUUCGAGGCUCUUGUCGGAGCAAACGAUGCACGGCUGUUCAAAGCAACGACUCUCAAAGACGUGCGAGAAGCUGCGCGUAUUAUCGAGCGUGAUCAGUCGUCAAGAAGGAGCAUGCGGAACAUGAGACGCAUUGAGCCUCUGUUUGAUGCAUUGGAUUUACUAAGCGGCGCCAUCGACACUUUGUGCCAAGGGACUCCAUACUUGUGCUUCGUCUGGAAGGCUCCUAUCAAGCUCCUUCUGCAGAUCGCAGACGAGGACACCAAUGCCUUCGACCAGCUCCUCGACGCUUAUCGCCAAAUAGCGCAGAAUCUGCCCCGUCUCGGUCGCUUUGGUGCUGCAUUCGAUGACCACGAUGACUUUCAAGCUGUGCUCGCCGAGAUCUACAGCGACAUCCUCGAAUUCCACUCCCACGCGUACAAAUACCUGCGGCGCGGAGGUUGGAAACGUUUGUUCGAUUCGUCCUGGAGGGGUUUCUCUCGCCGCUUCAACGCGAUCCUGCAAAGACUAGCAAGAGGUCGGGACCUUAUCGACAAAGAAGCCCAAAGCUUCGCCAUUCUCGAUGCAAAAGCUUUUCGUCAGCAAAUUCUGGAAGAUAUCGAACGCACGGAGCAUGAACGUCAGGAGUGGCAAUUACGCGAUACCCUUGCCUGGCUCGACCUCAGGGGCCAGGACCUCGAACAAGAUGACUUGUUCGAGUGCCGGUCUAGGGCUCGCAAUCCCGGUACCUGCGCGUGGAUCCUGGAAAACUCCGCCCUCCGCUCAUGGCUUGAUCCCGAGGACAGCCGGCCUCAGCUCUGGUUGCGUGGGAUACCGGGCUCAGGGAAAACUACUCUCGCAACCUAUAUCUACGAGAAUGCCCCAAUCCCACCCAAGGCAACGAUGCUCUACUGUCUGUGCUCCUAUGGUUUUGCCGGAUCUGAAGUCAGUGUUUGCGGGCUCAUGUUCCGCUCUCUCAUCGCGCAACUCAUAAGAAAAGACCACAGCCUUCUGCCACAUGUCUACGAUAAUUUCGUGAAGACUGGAACUGUACCCUCGGCCACAAAGAGCAGAGACCUGCUGAAAGAACUUCUCCGAGCUUCUGGUCCCACAUUCCUCAUCCUUGAUGGCGUCGACGAGUGCGACGGGAGCCAUCAACGCCAACUUUUGUCAGAGCUUCGCGCCCUUCUCCUCCCAAACAAGAACACCGAAGAGGGCCAACUGGCCUUCAAAAUCCUGAUCUGCUCCCGAGAAACAAAGGAGAUUGUGUCGAGUCUUAGGAAGGUGCCUCAAGUGCUUUUGACUAAGGAAAAGGCUAGCUUGUCGAAAGAUAUUACCUUGUUCGCCAAAGAAAGCCUCUCCCCUCUGAGAGGCCGAUUCAAUGACCCGGUGGUUGACGAGAUUGAGCAAACUGUAGUGGAAAAAGCCGACGGAAUGUUUCUGUGGGUGCAACUUGUCCUAAAAAUGCUAUUUGAACAACAUAGUGUGGAGGACCUGAGACAAACAUUGGAUGAACUGCCCUCAGAGCUUCCGGGAAUAUAUGCCUCGAUACUCAAACGUUUACACGGUGCUUGUAACGGACAACAAAAAGUCGAGUUGCAACAUAUUCUCGGCUUGUUGACCUUUUCUUAUCGUCCGCUGAAGGUGCAUGAGUUGUGUGACCUUGUCGCCUUCCGGAAGCGAGAUUCGCUCAAUGACAAUACCAAGCUCCACAAAAGCAUUCUGGAUAUUUGCAAACCGCUCCUGGAGGAACAUGAAGACCACACUGUCCGCUUAGUACACUUUUCUGCUAGAGAGCAAGUAUUUUCACGUCGUGAGAAUACCGUGACGCUGACUUUUGUCAGAUUCCUUUUGCAUGAACACAGUGGCCCUUAUCUUCACCGUCAGAAAAUCCAUCUCAGUAUCACGCAGUCAUGCAUUCGAUAUCUGAUAACCUGCACUCCUUUUACCAUGGAGUCUCUAACCCUCCGAGUCAAGGCCGAUGUUGUAAAAGGAUUUCACGAUAUAUUUCCGUACGUGGAUCAGUUCUGGACAAUGCACUUGACCGAGUCCUUUAGAGCUGUGUCAGGUCCCAUGUCAGCAGAGAAUAUUCAUGCACAGCGAGAGAUUCAGCACCUCCUUCUUACACUGCUGAGAGUGUUCCACAUAUCUGGGUUAGACCGAGUAUAUGAGGAGCAUUGUGGGCCCGGCUUUCCAGAGUCGCGGACUAUGCGAUCACAGGUCUUGACUCCUGGAGAACUACCGGAACCUAUCAUUCGUCACAUUGAAUUCAAGAAGAGGAUGAGGAUAAAACCGGCAGACCCCAAUCCGAACACUGUCUGCGUGAAGGCACCCACUGUGCAAGAUAUCUCGAAGGAUCCAAUAUCGCUCAUCCUUGCGUUCAAUCGCUUUCAAGAAGAGUUUGAGUCUUUGCUGGCCCAGGAACCAUCCGCCCUGGGUGUUGAAGUUGGUCUCAGCCUCGCCGAGAUACUCGACUUCAGGACUCGCCAUAGCUCUGGGGCAUACCUCUGCCGCUGGCGGAGAUGUGUGUGGGCGUCAGCCGGAUUUUCCAAUGCGGUGGACCGAUCAACCCACGAAUUGAGCCACGAACAACGAUUCCGAUGUCAUGAUUUCGCUUGCGACUUUGCCGUGCGAGGAUUCACUUCCAAGGCUGCCCUUCGCAAGCACGUUGAAAAGUAUCAUACCGUUCUGGAUGACAUCGUCCUUCCCCGUUUUCCUAGGAAUCAGCCUUUGGCGAAAACUACGUUCUACGCGGAUAACCCUCCAGGUACCAAGCGGACGGCUCCUGCUUCUACAAUCUACAAACUCCCAAAUACUGGGCCUGACUCCAGACCGCAAAUUUCAACCUCUGGCAGUGGACUUGACAAUUCUCCUGCAUCUCCUUCUCCUUUCGACUCUGAGCACAUAGAUCUUUGGCAAGGUCGUUGGAAAGAUCUAUUCCAUCCUGAUCUAUUCCCUCCUGGGCGUAUCUCAAAUCCAAGCGACGGGCUCUUUCGACGUCCUGGAUCGCCCGAGUUCCUCAAGCCUCCUGAGCCUAUCUUAAGCCCAAGCGACGUGCUCUUUCGACGCCGCAAAUUGGCUUCGACACCCGCGCCGGCACCUGUUCGGUUGCCUUCGUAUGAUUCAUUUUACCCCUACGAAUCAUCUCCGAAGGGUCUAACGCGCUCACCCGGCGUACCGGCACGCCCAGAACGACCAGAAGUACCCUAUGUGCAAUUUGCAAUGCACGUGAGACCACAGUUGGAAGCCGACGACUACCCUCCCGAGCAAAUCCCUGCUCGUAUCCAGGCCGAGUGGGAGGGUCUCAGCGCACAUAACAAGAAGCUAUGGGACGACAGGUAUUAA